UCCGAAGCCUUCAUGUCAAUAAUGAAGCAACAAUUAGUUGGCUCCAUAUCAAGCUACUCUUGAAAGUUUCCAUGUCAAGAGCAUACGCUUGAAAGGCUCCAUAUCAAGCUACUCUUGAAAGUCUCCAUAUCAAAAGCCUGCUCUUAAAAGGCUCCAUAUCAAGCUACUCUUGAAAGUCUAGCCUGCUCUUAAAAGGCUUCAUAUCAAGCUACUCUUAAAAGGAUCUCGGGGGAUUAAUCGCUAAUCUUCCCUUUUCAACGCAUCGGCAGCCGGUCUUCUCACUUCGUCUCUUCACUUCUGUAGACAAAUCUAAGGAAUCUGUGUCAAGUUGUACAUGGCUAACAUAUCAUUCCCAGAAGCUAAGUAUGGAGAGAUUUCAGACUUGUCACAGCAUGAGAGGGUGCCACCGGCAACCAAUCCGGACUUUGAAGAGAGAGAUAUCUCAGAUGAAAACCCCUUGAUGCUGAGGGCAGGCAUGAAAAGAGGCUUACCAGGAGCUGAAGAACAAGUCAGAAAGAAACAGAACCUGUCCCAACAUCAACCAAAGUCCAAUAGUAAAAAAUUAAGCUUGGAAGAGCUUAUAGAAAAAAAAUCUGUGUCGGAAAUAAGGAAAAUAUUCGAAGAUCGGAUUAACAGGUUGAUUAAGAAUGACAUGAAGAUAGACAUGGUAUCAGUGCUUGGCGAGCAAUGGCCAGUGCGACCGGAUAUCCUGGGCAUUAAGGAAAAGCUUCAAGCAACAGCUAAUGGCAAAUUAGCUAUACAAGAGGCAAAGAACAGAUUGCUUGCAGUAGGACGCGAGUUUGAAGAGUUAGAAAUUCAACGUAAAACACCCUCAACAACAGCUGAGAACUCUGAUCUUCAUAUGGAUAACAUCAAGGAGACAUUAAAGAAACAGCUUUCUUCAGGGCCUAUUACUGUUGAUGAAGAUUUUGAUCUUGAAAAUUGUUUUGAUUUUCAAAGCCUCCCAGAUUUUGAUUUUGACAAAAGUUUCCGACCUCCUGAUAAUCUCCGGUCUGCUUUUACUGAUUUGGAAAAGCAACUUUAUGAAAAAGGCAACAACCAAGUGGGGGUAGAACAUUUCCCAGGCUUAGCAGAAGAGUUGCAAAAUACUGGUUGGGGAAAAACUCCGAGCUCCUUUGAAUCUAUUGCGGCUCGAAUUGAAAAGGAUCGUGGAAAAGUUACUGAAGUUGGCCAUAUUGCUGCUCAAGUUCUGGUUUGUGCUGCAGUAAAAGAGAUGGAAGAGUUUUCAGUUGAGAAAUUGGACAUGGAGAUGUUGAAAAAGUGGGGGGCAACACUUAACAAGGCUAAGGAACUUGGUUUUCAGGUGGGAUUUGCUGAUAAUUUGUUAAGGAAGAAUUCGUAUGCCUACUUUGGUUACAAAACAACCUUGGACGAGGCUAAAGAAAAGGAGGUCUGAGAAAUCAAAGGUGGCUUAGCUCGCAUGGUUGAGAAUCAAAGGGUGUUUUCCAUUUGCAGCAAAAUUCACUGAACUUAUUUGGUUUGAUGGACUUUGCGUUUCUAUAUUUACUUUCCUCUAUUUGAACUUAAUGGUUUUGGGUGUCUUGCAUGGACUUGGUGUUUUGCAAUAUAACUUAUACUAUAUGGUUUUUUGAGACAUUGAUAUAUUUCAUCACCAUGUGCUAAUCUAUGAAA